CCCUGAAAUGCCUAAAGACAAGAAAGGAGUUAGAUGCAACUCUCCCCAUUUUUCCUUGCUGUCUUGAGAGUUCUCCAUCUUCCAGCACUGACUGCCCUCUGUGGCUGGCUCCUUUCACUGCCCUCCCCCUUCCCUAGGCUAAAGGGCCCACAGGGACUGGAAGGGAGGGAGGCUGAGUGGCUGUGCUGUGGGCCUGCCUGCUCCUUUCCCUUCCCCCUUCCUUUAGCAGCAACGUCACCGCAGCACCAGCAGCCGCGGCAGCAGCACGGAGACUGGGGCUGGGAUUGCGCAGCCUCCCUGCAUUAGCAACAAUGCCAUUGUAUUAGCAGAAAUCAGAUCUUAGGAAAUCGGUGCAGUUCCCCUGUGUGGUCCAGUGGAAUAGUGCCUCAGCUGGAACUGUCGGGGUAGAGCUUGGUCGGAGUGCAAAAGGAACAGAUGCGUCGGGGUCUAGCUCAAGGCUCCUGACAGAGGUGCCAAGCUCUCCUGAUGAAAUGUGUUCUGUCCCACUGGGCUCCGGGGACAGUGUCUGGUGCUGUUGAUGCCCUUAUUCGAACUUUCCAGAAUGGAUAGUCCCCCAAAGCUGACUGGAGAGACCCUCAUCGUUCAUCACAUCCCUCUGGUGCACUGUCAAGUCCCAGACAGGCAGUGCUGUGGAGGGGCAGGCGGAGGCAGUGGGAGCACAAGACCUAAUCCCUUCUGCCCACCUGAGCUAGGCAUCACCCAGCCCGAUCAAGACCUAGGACAAGCCGACUCCCUGCUAUACAGCAGCCUGCACUCUGCUCCAGGAGGAACUGCACGGUCUACAGACAGCAAGAUUAGGAGUCGGGAUGGAAGAGGUCCUGGAGCCCCCAAACGACACAACCCCUUCUUGCUGCAGGAUGGUGUGGGUGAGCCAGGACUUGGUGACCUGUAUGAUGACAGCAUUGGUGACAGUGCCACCCAGCAGUCCUUCCACCUGCAUGGCACUGGCCAGCCCACCUUCCAUCUAUCCUCUUUCCAGCUGCCACCAUCUGGCCCCGGAGUGGGCAGGCCAUGGGGGGCAACACGCAGUCGGGCUGGAGUGGUGGAAGGGCAGGAGCAGGAGCCAGUGAUGACCUUAAAUACUCAGCAGUGUGACACCAGCCGCUGUUGCCGGCCAGAGCUGGAAGCAGAGACCAUGGAGCUGGAUGAGUGUGGGGGACCUGGUGGGAGUGGCAGCGGGGGUGGAGCCAGUGAUACCUCUGGCUUUUCCUUUGACCAGGAAUGGAAGCUUAGUUCAGAUGAAUCCCCAAGGAACCCAGGAUGCUCUGGCUCAGGAGCCCAGCACUGCCGCUGCAGUAGCACAUCCAGUCAGUCCGAGGCAGCUGAUCAGUCUAUGGGCUACGUGAGCGACUCCUCCUGCAACAGUUCAGAUGGUGUGCUGGUCACCUUCAGCACCCUCUACAACAAGAUGCAUGGCACCCCCCGUGCCAAUCUCAACUCUGCCCCACAGUCCUGCAGCGACUCUUCCUUCUGCAGCCACUCAGACCCUGGCGCCUUCUACCUGGAUCUGCAGCCCUCCCCAGCUGAGUCUAAGAUGUCUUGUGAGUCACAUCACCCUGAAAGUACAGGAAGGGAAGGGGGCUAUGGUUGCCCUCAUGCCUCAUCUCCUGAGCUUGAUGCCAACUGCAACUCCUACCGCCCACACUGUGAGCCGUGCCCAGCAGUGGCUGACCUCACAGCCUGCUUCCAGAGCCAGGCCCGUCUUGUUGUGGCCACACAAAAUUACUAUAAACUUGUCACCUGUGACCUCUCCUCCCAAUCAUCCCCAAGCCCUGCUGGCUCUUCCAUCACUAGCUGCUCUGAGGAACACACCAAGAUAAGUCCCCCACCAGGCCCUGGCCCAGACCCAGGCCCCAGCCAGCCCUCUGAGUAUUACCUAUUCCAGAAGCCAGAAGUCCAACCAGAGGAACAAGAGGGAGUGAGUUCCUCCGUCCAAGCAACAGCUGCUAUGGGCCCCACUGUGCUUGAGGGGCAAGUGUACACGAAUACUUCACCUCCCAACCUCAGCACUGGACGUCAGCGCUCCCGCAGCUAUGAUCGCAGCCUGCAGCGCAGCCCUCCUGUCCGCCUGGGCUCACUGGAACGCAUGUUGAGUUGCCCAGUGCGCUUGAGUGAGGGCCCUGGAGCUAUUGUUGGGCCCAGCUCCCCACCCAGGAGAGUCACCUCCUUUGCUGAGCUGGCCAAGGGCCGGAAGAAAACUGGAGGCUCUGGCUCACCGCCACUUCGUGUGAGUGUUGGGGACUCCUCCCAGGAGUUCUCACCCAUCCAAGAAGCCCAGCAAGAUCAGGGGGCCCCACUGGAUGAGGGCACUCGCUGUAGUCAUAGCCUGCCACCCAUGUCCUUGGGGCCAGGCAUGGACCUGCUUGGCCCAGAGCCAAGUCCACCCUGGUCCACCCAGGUCUGUCAGGGACCCCGCGCCAAUGAGAUGCCUCCUGCUGGCCUCAGAGCUGCUGGGCAAGGCCCACUGGCUCAGCUGAUGGAUCCAGGGACUUCUCUCCCAGGGAGCCCAGCCAACAGCCAUACCCAAAGGGAUACAAGAGCUAGAGCUGACGGGGGUGGCACUGAGAGCCGACCAGUCCUUCGCUACAGCAAGGAACAGAGGCCAACCACGCUGCCCAUCCAGCCCUUCGUGUUCCAGCACCACUUCCCCAAGCAGCUGGCCAAGGCCCGGGCCCUCCACAACCUUUCCCAGCUCUACAGCCUCUCAGGCUGCAGCCGUACACAGCAGCCUGCCCCAGUGGCUGCCCCCACUGCUCAAGUCUCAGUCCCAGCUCCCUCAGGGGAGCUGCAGGCAUCCACUCCCCGAGCCACUGGCAGAGGUGCCAGGAAAGCUGGGUCUGAGCCAGAGACCUCUCGGCCAUCGCCCCUGGGCAGCUACUCCCCCAUCCGGAGUGUUGGCCCCUUUGGGCCCAGCACUGACUCUUCUGCCUCUACUUCAUGCUCCCCUCCCCCAGAGCAGCCCACAGCCACAGAAAGCCUGCCCCCAUGGAGCCACUCCUGUCCUGCCGUCCGGCCUGAUACCUCCCAGCAGCCGCAGAAGGAGGAUCAGAAGAUACUGACCUUAGCUGAGUACCGGCUCCAUGGAACAGGAAGCUUGCCGCCUCUGGGCUCUUGGCGAUCUGGCCUCAGCCGAGCAGAGAGCCUGGCCCGGGGAGGUGGCGAGGGCAGCAUGGCCACCAGGCCCAGUAAUGCCAACCAUCUAUCCCCUCAAGCCCUCAAGUGGCGGGAAUACAGGAGGAAGAACCCACUAGGGCCACCUGGUUUGUCAGGGAGCCUAGACCGAAGAUCACAAGAAGCUCGGCUGGCCCGAAGAAACCCUAUCUUUGAGUUCCCUGGCUCCCUCAGUGCUGCCAGCCAUCUGAACUGUCGGCUGAAUGGCCAAGCAGUGAAGCCAUUACCACUGACCUGCCCUGACUUCCAGGACCCCUUUUCCUUGACGGAGAAGCCUCCAGCUGAGUUUUGUCUGUCCCCAGAUGGCAGCUCAGAGGCCAUUUCCAUUGACCUGCUUCAGAAAAAAGGGCUGGUAAAAGCUGUUAACACCGCUGUGGACCUCAUUGUGGCCCAUUUUGGCACAAGUCGGGAUCCCGGGGUGAAGGCAAAGCUGGGAAACAGUUCUGUGAGCCCCAAUGUGGGUCACCUGGUUCUGAAGUACUUGUGCCCUGCUGUCCGAGCCGUGCUGGAGGAUGGGCUCAAGGCCUUUGUACUGGACGUUAUCAUUGGGCAGCGUAAGAACAUGCCAUGGAGUGUGGUUGAGGCUUCCACACAGCUAGGCCCAUCCACCAAGGUCCUGCAUGGCCUCUACAACAAAGUCAGCCAAUUCCCAGAGCUCACCAGUCAUACCAUGCGCUUCAAUGCCUUCAUCCUCGGCCUGCUCAACAUCCGGUCCCUGGAGUUCUGGUUUAAUCACCUCUAUAACCACGAAGACAUCAUCCAGACCCACUACCAGCCCUGGGGCUUCCUGAGUGCAGCUCAUACCGUGUGCCCUGGCCUCUUUGAAGAGCUGCUGCUGCUGCUACAGCCCCUAGCCCUGCUGCCUUUCAGCCUCGACUUGCUGUUCCAGCACCGGCUGCUGCAAAGUGGGCAGCAGCAGCGGCAGCAGAAGGAACUGCUGCGGGUGUCCCAGGACCUGCUGCUGUCUGCCCACUCCACGCUGCAGUUGGCCCGGGCCCGGGGCCAGGAAGGCCCUGGAGAUGUGGACAGGGCAGCCCAGGGGGAGCGGGUGAAGGGUGUGGGUGCUUCAGAAGGUGGAGAAGAGGAAGAUGAGGAGACAGAAGAGGUGGCAGAGACAGCUGGGGGCUCAGGGCGUGGCAGGUGGGCCCAAGGCGGGCAUGCCGGCUGGUGGUACCAGCUCAUGCAGAGCUCCCAGGUCUACAUCGAUGGCUCCACUGAGGGUUCCAGAUUCCCUCGUGGCAGCAGCAGUAGCAGCAGUGAGAAAAAGAAAGGGGUAGGAGGCGGGGGGCCUCCCCAGGCUCCACCACCCCGAGAAGGAGUAGUAGAGGGGGCUGAGGCCUGUCCUGCCCCUGAGGAGGCCCUGGGCCGGGAAAGGGGCUGGCCCUUCUGGAUGGGGAGCCCCCCUGACUCUGUGCUGGCUGAGCUGAGGCGUAGUCGGGAGAGGGAAGGGCCCGCUGCACCACCAGCAGAAAAUGAGGAAGGGGCCUCAGAGGCUUCACCUGGAGGCAUCAAGUGGGGACACCUCUUUGGCUCCCGAAAAGCCCAGCGGGAGGCCCGGCCCGCAAACAGACUCCCCUCGGACUGGCUGAGCCUGGACAAGUCCAUGUUCCAACUAGUGGCACAGACAAUGGGUGCCCGCCGGGAGACAGAGUCCAAGGACAGCCUGCAGGAGCCACACUCUCCAGCCCUGCCCUCUAGUCCUCCAUGCGAGGUACAGGCACUGUGCCACCACCUGGCCACCGGCCCUGGACAGCUGAGCUUCCACAAAGGAGACAUCCUUCGAGUGCUGGGGCGAGCUGGAGGAGACUGGCUGCGCUGUAGCCGUGGCCCUGACUCUGGCCUGGUGCCCCUGGCCUACGUGACAUUGGCCCCAACUCCAAGUCUGACCCCUGGAAGCAGCCAAAACUGAGGCCUUGUGCAUGCUGGUGGCCUCAGGGACCCUCAUAACCCCCAGACUCAGAGCCCAAGAGCCCUUCCCAAGCCCUUGGCUUGGCUACAGAGAGUAGACGGAGAGCUGGGGCCACGUAUCCCUGUGCUGGCACCUGCUCCCUGUGCUCAGUAUUAAUUACGCCCCCUUAACUGUCCCAGUGACCUCGUCCAGACCUCCACCCAGGAAAGGAGGGACGGGAUGCAGCACUGGGCUGCCAGGAUUCCCCUGGCCCGUCUGGGCCAGCCCUUUCAUGGGUGUAGACAAGCAAGUCCCAUGGAAGCAGGUGGCCCAGAAAGCCAUCUGCAGGGUUCCCUAGGCCAGGUGGAGAUGAGGAUGUGUAAAACAGUAUUGGGGCCAGAUUCCCUAAGCCCCCAGCUGUAAAUAGGCUGUGACCAGUGCCUGGUCAUCAGAAGAGGGAGGAGGAGCCCAGGUGUCUGUUUAUGUAUGUAUUUAUUUAUUUAUUAUACCUAUUAAUAAAAAAGGUGCUCAGCCUCCAGA